UACAUAAACAGGGUCGCACAUCAGGGGUACCAGGCUUCAAUAAUAAUACUUGCGGUGGAAGUAAAUAAUAUCCUAAAUUAGAUACUACGUGAGAAAUCGACUGUUAGUAUGCCAUUUCGCACCAUUGUAUUGUGAAAAUUGUACUGUUGCUUUUUGCACGGCAUCUGUUUUUAGUUUUUAUCCGUGACUUGACACUUAACCGGCGAUGAUAAGGAAGCCCUCUAUUUUUAGUCAUGUGGUGUAAAGACUUUGCUCUAGUGUCUACAGCUCCUUGUGCCUUGCGUCGUAAACAAACAUCUUUUAGUGACAUUAGUUCUUGAUUAGAGGUGAUCUCCGUGUUUCUUACAUUAUAUCGUACUACCUUCGUCGCACAAAGAUGAAGGUCGUCGCUCUAAUAAGUGGCGGAAAGGACAGUUGCUAUAACAUGCUACAAUGUGUGGCCGCAGGACAUGAAGUUGUGGCCCUUGCGAAUCUUUAUCCAGAAAACAAAGAGGAGCUGGACAGCUACAUGUACCAGUGUGUGGGCCACCAGGGGGUGGAGCUGUUUGCGGAGGCGGUCGGCCUGCCCCUCUUCCGAAGAGCUAUCAGCGGUGUCGCCAUCAACUGCGGGCCACAGUACACACCCACACCCAGUGAUGAAGUGGAAGAUCUUCAUGAACUUCUGGCUUUAGUCAAGGAGGAAAUGAAUGUAGAGGCGGUGGCUGUUGGGGCUAUACUGUCAGACUACCAACGGAUACGUGUGGAGAAUGUGUGCUCGCGCCUGGGUCUGGUGACCCUGGCUUACCUGUGGCGGCGUGACCAGGAGGAGUUGCUGCAGGAGAUGAUCGACUGCGCCGUGGAGGCCGUGGUGAUCAAGGUGGCUGCACUGGGACUGCACCCCUCCGUGCACCUCGGUCUCACGCUCACCGACCUCCAGCCCAACUUCCUCAGAAUGAAGGAGAAGUACGGGCUGAAUGUUUGUGGUGAAGGUGGAGAGUAUGAGAGCUUUACAUUGGACUGUCCCCUGUUCACCAAGACCAUUGUCAUAGAUGAAGCAGAAACCAUCAUCCACUCAGAUGAUGCUAUAGCACCUGUGGGCUACCUUGUUUUCAAGAAGUUGCAUCUCGUUGAAAAGGAGAAUGCGCACUUCACAAUGGCGGAACGUAUUGCCGGAUUGCCUGUUAAGACAUGGCAAGAUCUGACAGCAGACAUUGAUGAAGAAGCCGAGGACAGUCCACCGACUCCGCCUAAAGGCCGUGAUGCAGACACCGGCUAUGGGCCAGAUGAUGACUACAAUGAUGACUGUGAGUUUACAGAGACACAGGAAAAAAUUCCACUUGAUGACAGUGACGCAGAUAGCAGCUACAGUGAGGGGAUUGACGAAUCUACGCAGACCUACCUGCCACUGUCUGCAACUGAUGAGGCAGGAUGGACUUGGGUGGCAGGCGUGGAGGGCCACGGGAAGAACACUUCUGCAGCCAUGAGGGAUGCCCUCGAUCAGCUCCAGAGUCUGGUGCCGCUCAGUGACGUCGUGUCGGUGACCCUGUACCUGCGCGACAUGUCGCAGUACCCGGCCGCUAACAGAGAGUACGCCGCCGCGUUCCCCGGGCCGGACCCCCCGGCGCGGGUGUGCGUGCAGUGCCCCCUGCCGGAGGGGGCGCCGGUGUCGCUGGAGGCGACGGCGCACCGUGCUGGGGGCCCGGGCGAGGAUGGCUGCGUGGACCCCGGCGCAGGGGACGGCAAGUGCUGGCUGGGGCGGCGGCAGCUGCACGUGCAGGGCGUCUCGCACUGGGCGCCCGCCAACAUCGGGCCCUACAGCCAGGCCGUGCGGGUCGGUGAUAUUAUGUACAUGGCAGGCCAGAUCGGCCUGGUGCCGGGCACGAUGCAGCUCAUCGAGGGCGGCAUCAAGCGGCAGUGCCGGCUGGCACUCCGGCACAUCGAGAGGGUAGCCCGCGCCGUCGACUCCACGACGCAGCUGCGCGAUGUCGUCCAGGCCAUAUGUUACGUAACACGUGGUACUCACAUAUGGGAGGCACGGCUCGAGUGGGAACGUCACACUACCAAUGCCAUUGCCGACUACGUCGUGGUGCCCCGGUUACCGAGGGGUGCACUGGUUGAGUGGUCGGUUUGGUUGCACCGCCACAACAACAGAUUUGAAUACGAGGAAACAGGGUGUCUGAUCGGUCCAUUCCAAGUGUCUAUAUGCCGCCGGUGGAAUUACGAGAACAAAGUGUCAGCUAUUGUCUCUCGUAUAUCGGUUGGUGCGUCAUACCUUUCCGGAAGCGGAGAAUCGGAAGACUGCCCCGACAGCCUACCCCCUUCGCCCCGCCCCAUGACUCGGGACGAGCUGGACGAGGCGAUAUCUUACACGCUGUCUCGCCUGCUGAGGGAUUCGCCCGCGGCUGCGCCCGUCUGCCACCUCCGCCUGGCAUACUGCCCUUCCUCAGAGCACGCGCCGCAACCCCCGGAGCUGCGUGCGGCGGCGGCACGGGCGGCGGAGGCGAACGGCACCACGGUAGUUGCCAGCCUGCUUCCUGUCAGGGGGCUCAUGACCAAGUGGACCUUCCUCUCCGUGUGUGGUGUCAGGCACCACUGAGGACUACUACUGUUCCAGCAGAGUACUGUAUACCACGUUUAUUACUGCAGGUGGGCAUUGGAUCUGAUUACAGUUGAUGUGGUGGACUGGGAACCAAACUGGCUAUUGUCUCUCUGAGUAAUCGGCUACAUCAACACAUCUCAUGGUUUUUGUGUCUCAUUUUUCUGGUAUGUGGGAUAUGAGUUUCUUUUGCUGUCUACACCCUUUUUUUUGUUUUUCCACGUUGGAGCUAGUUCAGGGGGAUACAAGUUCAUCCCCUCUCAGUCUCACCUCCCUCAAGAUAGAGGAGUGUGGCUAGAGGAAGGAUUAAGUUCCAGCCUCCUGAUGCAAUGCUGCCAAGAAAAAUAGGACCUGCAUUUUAUGUUUUGUAGUGAACAGCUAUUGGGUUAAAACUGAAGUUCAUAGUUAGUAAAUAAUUGAUGACAUACUGUUUAUCUGAUGUUAAAACUUUUACUCUUUGUAGUUGUGGGUAGUUCCCAAGAUGGACCCUGAUGGACCAAGCUUAAUUAUUCUUCCUGGACAAAAUAUUUUUAACAUACCACAACAAAUUAAAACAGUGUUUGACAAUGGUAUUUGGUAGUUAUUACAUCGCAGUAUCUAUUUUUUAAUUCUUUAAAUUAGCAGACACACUAUGUGGCUUAAGUAUUCUUCUUCCUGCCAUACAUAAAGUGAGAAUUGUAGGGGAAUAAAGUGAGAAACAUGUGCAUAGGUGGUAUAUGUAUCAAAACAAAGUCUUUUGCAGCAACAUCCAUAUCUACAGGGGCUGUUCAAAAGUUAACCUCCUAUUGGCUACUUUAAAAAGGUAAAUAUUUGUUAUCAGUCGUACUUAUAUGUUGACGUUACUUCUCCACAUAGUUGUCACCCAAAUUCAAACAUUUGUCAUACUCUGACCCAGCUUCUUUAUCCUUUCAUCAAAGAAUGGUGCUGCCUGGUGAUUUGGCCAGUUCUUGGCAGCUUCCUUGAGAUCAUCAUCUUUCAUGCAGUGGUAAGCAGCCAGCCGAGCCUUCAUCUUGGGGAUGAAGGAAUGCUGAGGCUAAACCCAUUCUUUUGGCUUUAUGAGUAUCAAUUAGACAUUUCGGUGCCCACAGUGGACAAAACUUAUGGCCUCUCAGUGAAACUGUUAAAGACAGCUGUCCUUGAAACCUGAGCCAUAUCUUCAGAAAAUUUGGAAAUUUGAAGAGAUAUCUCUUGCACACAAUUUCAUCAGUAUGUUGCUAGACAUUGUCACAUCCGAAUGUCUUCUUUGGCCACUUUCAUCGUGCAAAUCUGUACGACCAGCUUUGAAUUUUCUGCACUACCCCCUCACAACGCCGUCAACUAUAACUCCAACCCCACACACAACACAAUCAAUGGUGAACAAUGGCCAUUUCAGAUGGUUGCUGCUUACACACUGAAGAUUGCAGCAGAGAGCUAACUGAUGCAAUGUGACCUUCAGAGUCUCCUUUUCCACAUGUGCCAUGAAGCUACAGUCAAUUGUUUAUUUUUAAUAGACAGUCUGAGGUUAACUUAUGAAUAGCCCUCAUAAAAUAUUCUUGCAUCAUAAAAUUUUGGUAAAAGUUGCAGUUUUUUGUUGCCGCGUGUAUAUCAGUCAGUGACGAGCAGACUAUCAAUGAUAGUAAUGAGACCAUAGUACCCAUCUUCCCUCAGUUACCUGUGAAAGCAUUUGAAAGCUCAAGCACUUCCUCAUAUAUUUGAUGUGUCGAGAAUAGAGUGUAUGUAUGAUGCCAAGAUAGUAUGCAGAUGAGCUGGCCAACAUUUGCGGUGUGUAGUGCUUUACCUGUAGAGAACAGUUGGAG